AUGCAGACGUUCUUUCGGCCGUCAGAUAUUGACUUCCACCCUGGAAAACCGGCCGUCGUUCACUGCACGACAGCUCCCGAUGCAGCUGGCCGUUUCAACCGUUGCCGUCUCCUCGGCGUUUUUCACCCUGCAUCCAGCAUACGUUUUCUUGCAGCUGACGCACUGUCCCACGGAAACAGUGGCGAACAGGACCGACCAUUGACUGCUCCACUGAUCCCCAGAGCCGUCACAUCGCAACCGCACUCUAAUUCAGACGCGAAUGGAACUUGCCUUCUCCUGAGGACUGGCAAGCAAUCUGGGCUCGACCUCCUCUCUCGAGAAAGGCAGUCCAAUAUCAAGAGUAUGAAACCUCGCGAACAUUGCACGAUGUUUGGAGAUCUGCAAUACCACACCAGUGACAGAUCUGGUGCUACUGCCUUCUCUGGACCAUGGUGUUUAAGGUCCGGCAAAAGUCUUCAGGGGCAACGCCAGUUUGGCAAACUUGCAUUUACGACGUACCCUGCUCUCGACCCGGACGUCGCCAACUUGUCUUCGAUGAUUCCUUGCCCACGACUCGGUGAGUUCUCAGGAUUGAAAUCGCCGACAGGACACAUCAAGCUCCGUGCCAUAAGCUUUAGCCUUUCGUUCGAGUCUAAACCCUACUACGUGCCUCCGGGCUCACGUCACGGAAGGGCUGAGCAGCAACAAAGACCCGGUUAA